ACAUAAAUCGUCACCCCUUUCCUACAAAAGCCUGCAGCGUUAACUGCGAGGCAACACAGAGAGAAUCCCCACUCGCUACUCGCCAUGGCUACAAUGGCGAAACCAGGCGCGCUUGGUCCCCUCCAUUCCCACCUCAAGGAACUCCCACCCGCGGACGUUUCCUCCGCGGUACUACUCCCCAGCUUCGGAGACUCCCGCCUCCUUCCUCAGCUCAAUGUCACUCUCAAGCACUCGAGGAAUGCCUCGAUUUUGCCCGUAAUCAGAGCCCAGGGCUCUCCUGAUUAUGUCCCGGACUCGAAGUUUUACAAAGUUGAAGCUAUUCUGAGGUCCUGGCGAGUCCCUCUGGUUUCUUUUGCUCUGCUGAAAAUGGGUAUUCGUGGGGUUACAGUCUCUGAUGUUCGGGGAUUUGGUGCUCAAGGUGGGUCAGCAGAAAGGGCGGUAAGUUCUGAGUUUUCUGAGGACAAGUUUGUUGCCAAAGUUAAAAUGGAAAUUGUGGUGAGCAAAGAUCAGGUCGAGGCAGUAAUUAAGACAAUAAUCAAGGAGGCAAGAACUGGGGAGAUUGGUGAUGGAAAAAUUUUCUUGGUGCCUGUGUCAGAUGUAAUAAGAGUUCGCACCGGUGAGCGUGGAGAGCAGGCAGAGAGGAUGAAUGGAGGGUGAGCCGGCAUGCCUGCUACUGCUUGACCAGUUAGAGUUGGAAAGAGCAGUUUCAGAUUAGACAUCUAAGCCUUUUUUUUCCUGCAACCUCCUACCCAUUUCUCCUCCCUCCUUUAGAGCUUAGAAGCUCAUGGUACUUAUGUUGUCUUGUGAAGAAUGAUAAAUAAAAAGGAAGACCUCUGUCUA